GUUGGGUAACAAGUAACAACGAUCAAGACGCACACCCACAGUCUUUGUUUGAAGUUUUGAAUAUUUUUAGCACUAACUUAUAGAUCUAGACAAAAUGUCUGCAGCAUUUGAAACCGCCGCUGCUGAGGUCAAGAACUUGAACGCCAAACCAACAGAUGAAGAGAUGUUGGAAGUCUAUGCUCUUUAUAAGCAAGCUACCGUAGGCGACUGCAACACUGCUCGACCAGGAAUGAUUGAUUUCACUGGAAAAGCGAAAUGGGAUGCAUGGGAUGGYAAGAAAGGAAUAAGCAAGGAAGAUGCUGAACAGAAGUAUAUUGCAAAAGUUGAAGAGCUGAAGGGAAAAUAUGGAAUGAAGUGAUUUUUUUUUGUACUGGAAAUUAAAGUUGUUCUUUUAUUAAAGAUUUUUGUUGGAA